AUGCCACCAAAGAGGAAAGGAAUCGGCUCACCUGUUGCCACUUUAAAAAAGGCAAGAGUAAGCUCCCAUUCACCUGAGGAGAAUAAAAGGUUUUAUCAAUCUACUAUCAAUUUGGUAUUCAACUUGCGUGAAGGAGAAGAGCAAAUUGCUGCGGCUUUCAUCAAACUACCAUCCAAGAAGUUGUAUCCUGACUAUUACCACCUCAUAAAAAGUCCCAUAUCGAUUAAUGAAAUUCAAAAGCGGAUCAAUACUAGAUACACAGGCGAGUCUACGGAUGAGUUUCUUGAUGAUUUCAAUUUAUUACUUGACAAUGCCUCAACGUAUAAUGACGCGGACUCUUGGAUUGUGGCCAAUGCAAAGAAGAUUGUUGACUUUGUAAAUGAUCAGGUGCGGGAGUACGAAAGCAGUGCUUCCAAUACUGGCGAUGCAAAGCACCCCAAGAUCAAGUUAAAAUUAAAGAGUCCAUCGGUGCAAACACAUGCUGCCUCGAAAACGGAGGAAAUUACUUUUGGUAAGUUGCCAGAACUAUGCGCCGAGCUUCUCAAGGAUGUUACGAAUCACGAGUUUGAGAAUAUCGGAAUAAUUAGCGGGCCAUUCUUGGAUGAAGUUGACCAAGCCAUUUACACAGACUAUUCAAACUUUGUGUCUAAACCAAUGGCCUUCAACACACUUUUAUCGAUGUUGGAAUCAAGAAAAUUGUUCAGCCCAAAGUACCCUUUACUUGACAAUUUGCGAAAGUUUCAUGACACCGCAACUCUCAUUUUUACCAAUGCAAAAGCUUAUAAUAAUGAAGAAUCGCAAAUACACCAGGACGCAAUUCUACUUCAAGAAUAUUUUGAAAAACAAUAUGACGUCUUGAAGAGGAAAGUUGAAGCAGUGGAUGCCAACAAGGCAAAACCAGCUAAAUUAAAGAUAAGCUUGAGCAAAAACCAGGAUAAGAAAAAUCGGCAACUUUUGAGGCAUACGGAAGACGAGGAUGUUGAGGAUGCAGCCGAUGAUCUGGAAGAUGUGUCAAGGAUUGACAAUGAUGAAACUAAAGUUAGGGUCAAAGUUGAGGAAGACCGUACACGAGUAGGACCGAUUGAAAUUCAUUUGGACAAAACAACUGACAACACCAUGGGAAAAACAUUACCAUCUCUUUUGGAGAGCAACUCGAUUAUACAAGAGUCUUCCUUGUUUUCAUCUCCAGCAAUCAUGUCUCACAUUACUAGAUACGCCCAAGACAAGAUAGUCGCCUCUUUGUCAAGGUCAGCGUCAUUGGAUACGGAAACAAAGCAAGCGUUGUUUCCGGCACAGUCACAACUGUCAAUCGCGACUUUGUUUUCCUACAAGGUACCUGCAAAUGGCUAUGUUGACCAGUCAUAUAGUAUAUCGUUACCCAAUGAUGUUCUGCCUUAUGUGUCAUUGAAAGCGUCUUUACAUCACCUUUUGUACCUUGCAAAGAAGCCGGAUUUGACUGAUGGGCAUGGGUAUCUCAACCUGACAUCCGAUGACGAGUUCCAAUGCAGCCUAGUUGUUAAUGGGGAGGUACUUAACCAACCAAAUGAUUGCUUUGAAGAGGUGAAAGGCAAAGAGAACCUUUUGGCCGUACAAUAUGAUAUUAGGUUAGCCCAUGGCUUGAAUGUUUUGAAUUUUGAAUGCAAAGUAGCACCGUCAUUGAGUAAAAAGGUGAAGAACACGACUAUACAGGAGCAAGCUGAUGAAUUGCCUGGAAGUCGACACACAAGACAUCAACUCCAACAGAUGAAAAUGUCCUGGGAUGUGGAGAGUAUUACGUUUUUCGUUGUUUGUAACAGUGUUAGUUGA